UAUCAAAAGAAAAACCCCCUAAAAAAAGGAAAGUAAAUUACACAAUGGUGAACUUGGUGGAAUCACAAAAACCAUUGUUCUACGGUCUCAUGAAACUGGCCGGCGUCGUUCCAUACACAGUAGAGAUCGAACCAGGGACGAGGAUGAACUUUUGGAUCCCCAAAGAAACCCUACAAAAACCGAAAAAAUCUGACAAAAACUCAGCCGUGCAACCCAAGAAACCUACCAAACCAGCCAUCUUAUUCAUCCACGGCUUUGGGACCGAGGGAAUCAUGACGUGGCAGUUCCAAGUUCGAUCAUUAGCCAAGAAGUAUUCUGUCUAUAUACCGGACCUCCUCUUCUUCGGUGGGUCCUACUCAGAUAAACCGGACAGGUCUCCAGCGUUUCAAGCCCACUGUUUGGCUAAGUCUCUUCGUAUCCUCGGCGUGGAUAAGUUUGUUCUCGUAGGGUUUAGUUACGGCGGCAUGGUGGCUUUUAAGAUCGCCGAGGAGUACCCUGAGAUGGUUCGAGCCAUGGUAGUAUCAGGCUCCAUACUUGCGAUGACUGAUACGAUCAGUAAGUCGAAUUUGAACCGGUUAGGGUUUGAGUCCUCGGCUGAUCUUUUGUUACCAACUUCGGUUAAGGGACUCAAGACUCUUUUCACCAUGGCUGUUCAUAAACCCAUGUGGUUCCCAAACCGGCUCUUUAAGGAUUACAUGAAGGUGAUGAUUACCAACAGAAAGGAAAAAGCUGAAUUGUUGGAAGCUUUGGUCAUAAGCAAUAAAGAUGUGACCACUCCUCGUUUUCAACAGAAAAUACACCUUUUGUGGGGCGAAAGUGAUCAACUUUUUCACGUUGAAAUGGCCAAGAACAUGAAACAGCAACUUGGCGAAAACACAACAAUGGAUAGUAUAAAAAAAGCAGGUCACCUGGCACAUAUGGAGAGACCUUGUGUCUAUAACAGAUGUCUCAAAAAGUUUCUUACUUCAGUUUACUCCGAAAACUAGAUUCAAUAUAUAAUUGAAUUUAAGUUAAUUCAAUUACUACUACAUGUGAUCCUCAACAUCAACACCCUAUGUAUUAUUUUAUCUUAUUUUAUUUGGUAUUAAUUCUUCAUAUGUAAAA